CGAUGACGUGGGAACACCGAUGCAUCCGUGAUGAGAACGUGCGUGUCAACGACUCGAUCGCUGUCGGAAAUGGAGCUGCAACCUCUUAUCGCAAUGGGUCGCCAUUUGACAUUCUGUCCUCUCGAACCCACUGAUCCCCACCACCAUGAGCUCCAUGCAAGUUGAGUCGUAUCUGUCGUGCAUUCCGCAACCCGUUGUCUGCGACGCAUACGAGGUGUCGCCCUCGGACGACGAGCUCGAAUUCCUUGUCCAUCAAGUCAGGCAGCUCCCUCAAGAUGAUCUUGAAGAAAUGAUGUGCAUCGUGUCGGCCUACGAACCCCAGUGGCUGGAUGUGCUGGGACACACCGCCGACGCCGCAGUUGACGUCAAGUCCCUCAGCCCACUCGCCAUUGAAGUCAUGCAGCACUACGUGUACACGGAUUUGGCUUGUUGCUUUGUUGCCAGCAUGGACUCUGACAACGAAACCGAUGACGAGGCCAUGGACGUGGAUGAGACGUGCUGAAUCCACCGCCGUCGACUUCCGUCGUGUGGCUUAUCUCUAUAGCUUAUUUAACGAUUUUUUAUCCGUGCCGCCUUGCUCGCCGUGCGGCCUGUCAACAUGAAGAGCUUGGUGGGACCGAAAGGUUCUUCAGCACCUAGACAAGGCGUGGGUGGAAUCGACGUACACUUCGUGCACA